AGAAUCCCGCGGGGAGAGUUUGCGCUCGUCCUCGGAGAUGGGGAGUCGCAGACAAAGGGAGUACGAUGUCAAUCCCAGUACGACCAUUAUCGUCGAUCUGAGGGUCGGCAGAUCUGUACUCGUUCUCCCUCUUUCGAACUGGGUCUUUCCUCUGCGACAGCGGUUCUGACUGUGAAACACAACGCCCCCCUUUCAGUCAACACAAAACCACAGCCCCCCUCCCUCCUGCUAUACGGGCUUAUAAUUUUAUUUAAACCUUUUUUUUUUAUUUCACUUGCGAUUUCGUGAACUUGAAUCUUACACCAACGAGGGAUGCUCUUUUACUAUAAUACACGAGCAGAACGGACUGCAGGUAGAUCAGAAAGCCCGCCUCUAGGUGUCUCCUUUCGGUUUCUGAUUCCUGGAGUCCGCCGGGAGCGCCAGGCUCUGCUGUACCUGUCCGCUCGUCAGACCGGCAGGAGGACUGGACGUCCUGUUCCCUCCGCACAGAAGACGCGCACGCUUGCUUCAUCCCGAAGGGAGAUUGUGGUUUUACUACACGCCCUGGCGUUUUCUAUCGCCGUCAAGUACAGUUUCGGUUUCUUUUCCUCUGCUUCCCUUCUGCGUGAUCUAAAAAGACCCAGCAGGCGGAGGCGGAGAGAGAGACCAAGACAGACCAUCGCGGCCGCUGCAGGCAUGGACACGCUGAGCCAGAGGUCCGAGCAAGAGCUGCGGAGCUUCUUCCGCAGGAAGCGGACCGAGCUGUCCUGCCUCCGGGAGCCGGAGCGUCUGCUGAACCAGCUGAGGGACCUGGACGUCAUCGCGGAGGACCAGCCCGAGAAGGUGAUCCAAGCGAAGAACAAGGAGAGAGCUCUGUACCAGUUGCUGCAGCAGCUGGAGGAGAAAACCCCCCACAAGAUCAGAGACUUCUGGGAGUGUGCAUUCAAGGAGCACAUCCUGGAGAUCUACCCAGAAGUCAAGAGCCUGAAGGAGGAGCUGUUUGCCAGCACCGCUCCUGCCCCCAGAAAACUGCCAGAGACGGAGGAGAAGGUGGAGGAGUUUAAAUCCAAGGAACAGCCAGGACCAUCAAUCAAGAUGAAAGCACCCCAGAAGGAGAAGAAGAACCCCAGGAAACAGGCCGGAGGGUCAGUUCCAAAGAAGAGGAGGAGGAUCGAACCAUUCGAGGACAACUCGCUGAUAAAGACCAAACUGAGCGUCACCUGCGGAGACAAGAGUGGUGUCCUGUACCGCAAGAAGCUGGCCAAGUCAAGUGGGGAGAAGUGUGUGCUCUCGGAGAACAGAUGGUUCACUCCCAAUGAGUUCCAGAAGUUUGGAGGAAAAGACAGCUACAGGAACUGGAAAGGGAGCAUCCAGUAUAAGGGCAAGUCCCUGGGCGUGCUGAUCAAG